CCUGCACCGCCAUAUUGGCUACUUAAAAACAGGGGGAUCGCCUUUUCGGGGUGCUCUCCUUUUGCCCUCCCCGCGGCCGCACGCGCGCGCGCUCCGGACUCUCUUGACGCACGCCAGGUUGGCCAGAGCCGCGGGGGUCGUGGGAGCCGCGGGCCCGCUCGCCCGUCCGUCUGUCCGCCCGCCCGUCCGUCCAUUUGCUCCGCCGGGGGCCUCGGCCCUGCCGGGGCUCCCCCCUACUCCCCAUCGUCCCUGCCUGCCUGCCCGCGGAACCCUACGUGCGCGCCGGGUUGGGUUGGGUUGGGUAGGGUAGCGCCGGCCCCCCGCGAGCGCCGCGGGCUGCGCGUCGGGCGUUGCAUUUUGUUUUGUUGGGUUUUGUUUUUCGGAGCGCGCGCCGCGCCGCGCCGAGCCGAAUCGAGAGCGGGAGCAGGAUGACCCAUGUGCGGGUAUCGAACGGGAGCCCGAGCCUGGAGCGGAUGGACGCCAGGCCGGCCGAGUACCCCAAGCCGUCGGCCUGCCGAAAUCUCUUCGGGCCGGUCAACCACGACGAGCUGAGCCGCGACUUGGAGAAGCACUGCCGGGACCUGGAGGAGGCGAGCCAGCGCAAGUGGAACUUCGAUUUCCACAACCACCAGCCCCUGGAGGGCAAGUACGAGUGGCAGGAGGUGGACAAGGGCAGCUUGCCCGAGUUCUACUACCGACCCCCGCGCCCUCCGAAAGGCGCCUGCAAGGGGCCGGCCCCGGAGAGUCAGGGUGUCAGCGGCCACCGCCCCGCGGUGCCACUCACGGGGUCCCAGGUCAACGCGGAGGACACGCAUUUAGGGGAGCAGAAGAACGAUGCUGCGGACAACCAGACCGGCCUCCAGGAUCAGCCCAGAAAGCGACCUGCGGCGGAAGAUUCCAGUGCUCAAAACAAAAGAGCCAACAGAACAGAAGAAAAUGUUUCCUCCGACGGUUCCCCCAACGCUGGCUCCGUGGAGCAGACGCCCAGGAAGCCGGGCCUGCGGAGACAUCAGACGUAAAGCCA